UAUGGUUGGCGUGUCCGGGCACGCCGUGGACACACGCAUAUGUUUUAAAAGCAGAGCGUGUGUGACUUUGAGUAGGAUUUGAAGGCGCGGUAUGAAGAAGUCAACAUGAGGAUUUCCUUCUGCGCAGUUUUCUUUGCUUUUAGUGUCGCCACGGCGACCGAAACGCUCCUCUGCGAGUGCAACGGCCGCUCGAGCGUGUGCGUGCGUGACGCCCGGGGUCUUCGCUGCCUGGACUGUUCGGGAAACAGCCAAGGUCGGCAUUGCGAACGUUGCAAACAUGGAUUCUACCAACAGGGAGCGACUCUCAGCUGCACGGCGUGCGGCUGCCACCCCGCAGGUUCUGUGAGCAGCAUGUGUGACAGCAGGGGGCGCUGUACCUGCAGAGAAGGAGUCACUGGAACAAAGUGUGACCUCUGUCCCAAUGGGCCCAUCGGGCCCCAAGGAUGUUCACCAAGACGACGACCCAGAGAGGAUUCUGGGAGUGAAUUCUGUUUCUGUUACGGUCACAGCAGCCAAUGUUCUCCUCAGUCAACGUACAGCGUCCACAAUAUCUCGUCCACCUUUGAGCACGGCCCCGACGGUUGGAAGGCAGCAACAUCUCAUGGCUUAACCCCAGCGGACGUCCACUCCCGCUGGUCCCCCAACUACAAGGACAUGGAGGUGAUCUCCAGAAACAGUCUGCCGGUUUACCUGUACGCGCCAGCUUCUUACCUGGGCAACAAGUUGCUGAGUUACGGUCACAACUUGUCCUUCUCGCUGCGUUUGGACCGCGGUAUCCGACACCCGUCCAUCAACGACGUCAUUCUGGAAGGUUCCGGUUAUCGGGUAUCAGCCUCUCUGGGCGACCUGCGCUCUAUCGUUCCUUGCGGACAGAAGAUCAACUACACCUUCAGACUGGACGAGCAGCCCGGCAGCAGGUGGCGACCGCAGCUCACCCCUUUCCAAUUCCAGACUCUCCUCCAGAACCUGAGCGCCAUCAAGAUACGAGCCACCUUCGGAGACAGAGGACGUGGUUACCUUGACAAUGUCAAUCUGAUCUCGGCGAGGCGAGGGGAGGGCACCCCGGCCCACUGGGUGCGGACCUGUGUCUGUCCCCCGGGACAUGAGGGGGACUUCUGUCAGCAAUGCUCAGCAGGUUUCAAACGGCGAAGAUCGACGGAAGGAGCGUUCAGCCCUUGCGAGCCCUGCAGCUGUAUGGGGGGCGACUGCGACCCCAUGACGGGUGACUGCUAUCCAGCAGACGAGACACAGACAUGCUCGGACGGCUUGUACUGGGACUUGUGGCUUCGACGCUGCAUCCCAUGUCCGUGUGCCGACGGAGUGCCAUGCUCGCUCCUUCCUGGGUCGACGCGCCCGCAGUGUCAAAUGUGUCCACCUGGAACCACAGGCCCUCGCUGUGACGAGUGUCGGGAGGGUUUUUACGGCUCGCCAGGAGGGGGCGCUGGAGGGUGGCAGCUGUGCCGACCCUGCCAGUGCAAUGGCCACAUUGACGUCAGCGUGGCGGGAAGUUGCGAUCGAACCAGCGGCGAAUGCCUCAAGUGUGUCAACAACACAAUGGGUCGCUUCUGUGAAAUAUGCUUGCCAAACUUUUAUCGCCGCAACCUGAACGAGGCCUGCAGACCGUGUGACUGCGAUCUUCGGGGAUCCGAUUCGGCACAGUGCGAUGACAACGGUCAAUGUCGCUGUAGACCUGGCUUUGAGGGUCCGACGUGUCAGACAUCGCGCGAGUGUCCCGCCUGUUUUAAUGGAGCCAAAGCCAAGAUGGAGGAAUUAGCUUUCAAACUACAGCAGUUGCAAAUACAGAACUCUCAGAUUGGUAGCGGGCUCAAUACCGGCAACAACGGCAACGUGGAGGCUGUGCUGAAUGCGGCCAAGGAGCUGACGGACAAACUGGAACUUGACGUAAAGCAGCUGUCCGACCAGGAAAAGCGGCAGCAGGACAGUCUGAAGUCCAUCAACCGUUCUCUUCUGGCCGAGGAACAGGAUGUCCAGAACAUGGCCGAUGCUACCGGUGACAUCAAACAACGGCAACAAACUUACAUGACCAAAGCGGAUCUGCUUCAGGCUUUAAUGGAGGACAUGAAACGUAAACUGGACGAGGCCAAGACAGGUCUCCGAACAGCUGAGUUUCCAGCGGGAGAUGCGCCUCUGGGUCCAAAGCUUUUCUCCUCAUUGGCGCAGGCUGCAACAGGCUUGGCUGACAAACAUCAGACAAAGGCGGUGGCAGUGGAGCGGAGCGCCAACGAGGCUCUGGGCGACUCCGAGAAAAGUCUGGAGCUGAUGCGGAACCUUGUCACCAAAGGGAAAAGUGUCAACGAUUUGAUUGGAGGAGUAAAAACUGCGUACGACGGGAUGGCGGCGCGGGUCAAAGGUUUGGAAAACCAGGCGAUCCGCGUGGGUGACGAGGCCAAGGUGGAGAGCAACAAGGCCUACGGCAUGCUGGAAAACAUCAACAGGAUGGCCAGAGACAUCCCGCCCGCCCUGACGGGGGAGACGGACACCAUGGCGGCCAAGCUGAACCUCCUGAAGAAGGCCGUAGAUGGGAACGUGGCGGGCUUCACUGCGUUGCGAGACGACGUAGGGCGGGACACGGUCGCCGUCCGCGAUCUGCUGGAGCAAGGCAGGAAUGCUAUGCAGGACAUGGAUGUGCUGACAGGCAAAGUGGAUGCAGCGUGGGCCGACACCAAAGGGGCGGUGCAGCGCAUCAACAGCAACACCAACAAGCUGGACACCGCCCUCGGUACUCUGAGAGGCUUUGACCAGCAGAUUGCGAACGGCCAAGCACAGGCUGACGCCGCCAUUAGGCGACUUCCUGCCAUCAAUGCGACCAUUCAGCGGGCUGCCAAGAACAACGUAGAGACACGGGGCCUGCUGGACGCCGUGUCCGCUGACUCAGACGGGGCCAUGGCGUCCAUCAAUCGACUGGAGAGCCUGAUCCCCAAUCUGGAGGGAGCCAUCAGGACCACACCGCCUCUUGGAAACGAUGUCGGCAAAUUUCACGAUGCUGCCAAACAACUGCGGGUGCUGGCCGGCGACGUUGGCGCAGAGGUCGCCGGCGAGCUUGACAACGCCAGGAACCUGGAAGCGGAUGCCGUGCAGGCCGGAGACGCUGCCGCCGGGGCCAUGAGGAAUGCCAAACAAGCCAGAGAUGCUGUAGGACGAAUGCUCCGAGACAUCGCCGCCGGUCUGGUUAACAUCAACCAACCGGGCACGUUUGACCCGAGCCGCCUUCAGGAGCUGGAAGAUUCCGUCGCGGCGACCCGCCGAAACGUGGAGACGAAUCUGGAGCCGCAGCUGAGAGACGCGAUUGCCCGCGAGGCGGCGCAGCGCCGCCGACUGGCCCUCUUAGACGGGGACAUCGACACCAUCUUGUGGGACAUUGCCAACCUGGAGGACAUCUUGAAGACGGUGCCCAAAGGAUGCUUCAACAGCCCCCCCAUCGAGAAGCCCUGAAAUGGCGCCCGCCGCUUUUGAGACUGUAUCCACGUGACAUUCCUUGGGGGAAUCUCCUUCCCUUUUCACAGCCUACACGGGCCUGCUCUAAAUUAUGGCACUCAUUGCUGCUGUUAUGAUCUGAUUUGCUGCCAGCCAUUUUAGAGCAUUUAGACUAAUCUGUCAAGGCCCACAUAAUUUAGUCUUUUAUUAAGAAACCUAACAAAAAAGACACUAUUUAAAAGCUAUUCAGCAGUAUAACAUGGGUUGUUUUGUUUUCACACAAAACACAGCUUUCCGACCAAAAACGCAGAGAAAAACAGCUUUUGUGAAAAUAAACAACAGGGACCUAGAUGCUCAUAUAUUUUGGGCCGUGACCCACGCUGACUCCGAGCAUCACUGGCUUUUUUUACAUAGUCCAAGCCAUUCACUGUGUUUUGUCUACUUUUCUCAUCAUCGCGACACAUACAUAUCCAUACUCCUUUGACGUGUGAGGUGGCUCAGUUUGUCUGAGGUGUGGCCAUUUUGCUCCCUCAUUGACGUGAGAAGUUGAGAUUCAUCUCCUAAUCUUUAUCUUCAACUCAAAGGCUGUGCUGAUCUUAAUUCCAAGGCAAUGCUUCACGGCCGUAUCUAUGGACGUGUGGGUCAUUACAUUGGUUUACCAGUCAAGAUUUUACAGACAAGCUGGGUGGGAGCCUCUUCCGUGCUAACCUGUUGAAAACUGCCAAAUAUAUUCAUCGGCUUCCAGUUGACAAAUUGAAACGUUAGUUAAUGACGUCACGAGUCCAAGUGUUAAAAAUAGCGUCCGAAUUUCAACGAGAUGUUUGGGAACUCAACAAACGGCUCAUGUUUUGAGUUUCCUGGGGAGGUGGGUGCUUUUGGAUAUGAGACCCUUCCGCCCGACAGCAAAGACACGCACGCCCACAGUCUCUUGCCUUGUGUUUCCUAUUUUUCUAUUUAUAGAAUAACGUGUCCAUACCUCUUCUGCUGAAAUGUGAGCCGAUCGAUUGUCACAAGAUCAAUACGAUUGAUGUCACAUUGAAUAAAAGGCUGCAGACCAA